AGCGACCACGUAUCGUGAUUGGCUGACACUGCCCCCACCGUCAACAUAUAUGAUUCACAUCCCAAAUUUAUUUUUCGAUUACGAAUUAGACUCAAAGAAGAAGAAAUAUCAGAUUUUUUUGUUUUGUUUUUAGUCGGGAAAGAUGAAGGCGGAGACGGUGACGUUGAUUCUGGUGAAUCUAGCCGGAAUAAUGGAAAGAGCCGAUGAAUCUCUGCUUCCAGGUGUAUACAAAGAGGUCGGUUUAGCUCUCCAUACCGAUCCAACCGGACUCGGUUCAUUAACGUUGAUGCGAUCCAUGGUUCAAGCCGCUUGCUAUCCCUUAGCUGCUUACAUGGCCAUUAGACAUAACCGAGCUCAUGUUAUAGCUCUCGGUGCAUUUCUCUGGUCUGCUGCUACUUUCCUUGUCGCUUUCUCUUCCACUUUCUUCCAGGUAGCUGUGUCUAGAGCUCUGAAUGGAAUUGGUCUUGCCUUAGUGGCUCCAGCUAUUCAGUCUCUCGUUGCUGAUUCAACGGAUGAUGCUAACCGUGGUACUGCUUUUGGAUGGUUGCAAUUAACUGCAAACAUUGGUUCGAUUUUAGGCGGGCUUUGCUCUGUUUUAAUAGCUCCAUUAACCUUCAUGGGCAUACCUGGUUGGAGAGUUGCUUUCCAUAUCGUGGGUGUGAUCAGUGUUAUUGUUGGUGUGUUAGUCAGAGUUUUUGCCAAUGACCCACAUUUUGUGAAGGAUGGUGUUGAUGUUUCGAAUCAACGAGGUUCGAGGAAACCUUUUUGUACAGAGGUGAAGGAUUUGGUCCGGGAAGCUGAUACUGUCAUAAAGAUUCGGUCUUUUCAGAUCAUUGUAGCUCAGGGAGUGACAGGAUCGUUUCCUUGGUCUGCUCUCUCUUUUGCACCCAUGUGGUUGGAACUCAUCGGGUUCUCACACGGGAAAACUGCAUUCUUGAUGGGUCUUUUCGUGGCUGCAUCUUCUCUUGGAGGCUUAUUUGGAGGUAAAAUGGGAGAUUUUCUGUCUACUCGUCUUCCUAAUUCCGGAAGAAUCAUUCUCGCGCAGAUCAGUUCAGCCUCAGCGAUCCCGCUCGCUGCAAUUCUCUUGUUGGUCUUACCAGAUGAUCCAUCCACAGCUGCAAUGCAUGGUUUGAUCUUAGUCCUACUGGGGCUUUUUGUUUCUUGGAAUGCUCCUGCUACCAACAACCCGAUCUUUGCAGAGAUAGUUCCAGAGAAAUCAAGAACAAGCGUCUACGCACUGGACAAAUCGUUUGAGUCAAUCUUGUCAUCGUUUGCUCCUCCUAUAGUUGGAAUCCUGGCACAACAUGUUUAUGGAUAUAAACCAAUCCCUGAAGGGUCAUCCAAAUCAGCAGAGAUAGCCACAGAUAGAGAGAAUGCAGCAUCUCUGGCAAAAGCUCUUUAUACAUCUAUAGGAAUCCCAAUGGCGGCUUGCUGCUUCAUCUACUCCUUUCUUUACCGUACCUAUCCUCUAGACAGAGAUCGUGCUCGGAUGGAAGCUUUUAUAGAUUCUGAGAUGCGUGAACUGCUUCCGGAAAGUUCAAACAGAGACAUUGAGUUUUCACAAGAAGAAACUUUUGCAAACCAUGUUAAAACCAAUUUACAACCUAGAUGAUAGGAAAGUUUGCAAAAAGCUUUACAAAAUAGGUAUACUGUAUGCACUUUCG